AUGGAAGGACACGAUGUUGAUGACCAAGUCGCGAGAGAUGAUGAAGAGAACAACAAUAUACACACAGAGGAAGUGAGAGACACUCACACGUUUACGAUCCACUUGGGUGCGCCUGUGCCUUUCUGCUGCACAUGGGAAAAGCGGGGAGGAGGCCUGAGAGCGUCUCCUAAACUAGAUCCGGAGUACAACCGAAAUGUCGUCGUAUGUGCCCAUGUGGCUGCAGAGAGUUUGGGCGACCAUCUGACCUCGGGGGAGGUGGUUUACCGCAAGUCAAAUCCGACUGCCCGUCUAAGUAUGGAGAAUAAUGGGUUCGGGCGUGCCACCGGCCGAUCUGCACGGACGGUGUCAGGUUCCUCCACCAAUGGCUCGGCAGAUUGGAAACACUUGGUGUCUCGCGAUGCAUGA